UUAUUUACAUAUUUAUCAAUAUUUACAUUAUCAUAGGUGCUGGUGGGUGGUAUUAGUGCUGGUAGUUAAGUUUUACAUUUUACUUGCAGUAGUCGUUAAUGCACGUACGCAUAAGAACGAAAACCUUUAAUUGGUUUAGAAAUUUUUAUUGGUACUAGGCAGUGGUGGGAGAUGGAACAAUUGGAGAAUGGAAUGGAAUAUAUUAUUUAACUUUGCAAGUCAGUUGAGACUGAUAUCCCCUAGUCGAUUGUAGUCUCUUGUUGCAACUUUCAAUUUUUAAAUGUGUCGCGCCACAUUUUUCUAGUUUUUACUCCUUUGUGUUUUGAUAUAAAUAUUACGAUAAUUUUUAUUGCAUACUAAAGAUGGAGCGAAAGUUUUUCAACGUUAUUUUACUCGGUUUCGGGUUCAUGUUUGUUUUUACUGCAUUCCAGACUAUGGGAAAUAUAGAGAAAACCAUACUGGACAGUAUAACGCAAGAUGACCCUUCGUUCACGGGUGAUGGAUACACGUCGCUGGCUAUCAUCUACGCCACGCUGGCUAUCUGCAACUGGCUGGCUCCCUCCGUCAUCACCAUCACCGGUCCUAGAGGCGCGAUGUUAAUUGGCGCCUCCACAUAUUUAUUCUUCAUAAUAACAUUCCUGUUCCCGCGCACAUGGCUGCUCUACGUGGCGAGCGUACUGAUCGGCGCGGGUGCUGCCGCCAUCUGGACCGGUCAGGGCAAUUACCUUACGCUCAACAGCGAUGCCGACACCAUCUCGAGGAACUCCGGCAUCUUCUGGGCCAUGCUGCAGUGCAGUUUAUUCUUCGGAAAUUUGUUCGUAUUCAUAAAGUUCCAAGGCAAGACGCACAUAGACUUGGAGACACGUAACGUAGUGUUCGGUGCGCUGACUGCGGUCUGCGCGCUGGGCAUCGUGUUUCUUUUGCUAUUGCGCCCCAUCAGGCGCCCACCAGUGCUCGAUGAUGUUAAGGUGAAAUUCCAAGAGACUGACGUUGUAAGUCACGAGGACGACGGCCCUAUGGAGGCUUUCAAGGGCGCUUUGAAGUUAUUCUGCACACGCGACAUGAUGUUCCUUAGCUGUACUUUCAUAUACACGGGUGUGGAGUUGUCAUUCUUCAGCGGUGUGUACAGCCCCAGUAUUGGAUUCACACUGUCUAUGGGAGAGAACGCCAAACAACUUGUCGGUCUGUCUGGUGUCUUCAUUGGGAUGGGAGAAGUUUUAGGUGGAGCUCUAUUCGGUAUUCUCGGAUCAAAAACGACCCGUUGGGGACGUGAUCCUAUUGUGAUAAUGGGCUAUAUCAUCCACGUGACCAGUUUCUUCCUCAUCUUCAUCAAUUUACCCAACGUGGCACCAUUCGGAGAUACCAUGGAGACUUCGUAUAUCAACCCCUCUCCAUAUCUCGCUAUGUUUUGCAGUUUUCUACUAGGUUUCGGCGAUGCCUGCUUCAACACACAGAUAUAUUCAAUACUCGGAGGGAAUUACUCUGAUAAUAGUACGUCUGCGUUUGCACUGUUCAAGUUCACUCAGUCUUUGGCAGCGGCAGCGUGUUUCUUCUACUCAUCAAGAGCCCUAUUGUCAGUACAACUUGGUGUACUCGCGGUUCUAGCUUCACUGGGCACUGCCGCCUUCUGCCGCGUGGAAUGGGCGGCAAGAUCUCGCGCGCGCGCCGCAGCACUAGAAGCUAUAGAUGAUAAAGCAACACCUGUUACACAUUUAGCUGAAAAUGCACUACAUUACGACUAAAUAUAAAAUUAUUUUAAAGAUAUGUUAACGAGUA